UCACCCAAAAAAGACUAAAAAGAAGACAAGGGUCAAGGAAACGGAGCUCAAGAAAAAAAAAAUGUAGAGUAAAGAAAGGGCUGGCGGUCGCAGUCGACUCUUGUUCUCUGUUUUCCUUUAAAAUCUUCGUCUCUCUAUCUAAACUCUAAAGCCUCCUUCUUCUUUUUUUGAUUCUGAGAAGCUUAAAAAGAGAGAAAAAAAAAGGAAGGACAAAAAUGGAGAACAACAACAACAUGGGAGAGUUGAAGACCCAGAAUCAGAAUAACAAGCAAGUUCGUUUGUUUUACUGUAUGGAAUGUGAAGAGCUUGCCCGUAAAGUUGCUGCUCAAUCCCAACUCAUUACCCUCCAAUCUAUCAACUGGAGGAAUUUUGAUGAUGGAUUUCCAAAUCUUUUCAUAAAUAAUGCGCAUGAUAUCCGAGGCCAGCAUGUUGCCUUUCUUGCAUCCUUCAGCUCCCCAUCUGUCAUUUUUGAACAGCUUUCUGUCAUAUACAAUCUGCCACGAUUGUUUGUUGCUUCCUUCACAUUGGUGUUGCCAUUCUUUCCAACCGGCUCCUUUGAGAGAAUGGAAGAAGAAGGAGAUGUAGCAACUGCAUUUACCAUGGCAAGGAUUUUGUCAAAUAUUCCCAUAUCAAGGGGUGGUCCUACAAGUUUAGUCAUUUAUGACAUCCAUGCUCUGCAGGAACGAUUUUAUUUUGGAGACCAUGUGUUGCCAUUAUUUGAGACUGGGAUUCCUCUUCUAAAGCAACGCCUUCACCAGCUUCCUGACGCUGAAAAGAUAGUUGUUGCAUUUCCGGAUGAUGGAGCUUGGAAACGAUUUCACAAACUGUUGGAUCAUUUUCCAACGGUCAGUUUGGACUCUUAUCUAAAUGAAGUUACCUUAUAUUUUGUGCUCCAUUUAUUAUAUGAAGAUUGAAGGUACAUGUUAUCU